CAACUUCCCUUUUAUCAAAAACUGUCUUUAACUGUAAUCAGACGUCAUACACAUCAGAAAUAUAAAUUCUGCUGAUCUCUUUGGCUCUCACAUUCACCACUCCACCACGUAGAAGAUAAACAGCUACUUGUCGUGUAUCGUUAUGGAACCCACAAAGAUUAGAGAGGGCUACUUGGUGAAAAAGGGCACUGUGCUGAACACAUGGAAAGUGUUGUGGGUGGUGUUAGCAGAUGAUGCCAUAGAAUUUUACAAGAAGAAGACAGACAGAAAUCCAAAGGGAAUGAUCCCUCUGAAGGGAGCAGCUCUUAUCACCCCGUGUCAGGAUUUCCCUAAAAAAACGUUAGUGUUCAAGAUCAGUACAACUAAGAAACAGGACCAUUUCUUUCAAGCAACCCACCUAGAGGAAAGAGAGCUCUGGAUCAAAGAUAUCAAGAGAGCAAUAUCUUGUUUAGAGAGCGGAAAAAGAUUUGCCAGAAAGUCAACACGAAGAUCUAUUAAACUGCCGGAAAGUGUUAAUCUGAGUGCACUUUAUGUCUUGAUGAAAGAUCAAGACACCGGGGUUAAAGAGCUGAAGGUAGAAAAGGAAAAAAGGCUGUUCAAUCACUGUUUCGCAGGGAACACAGUCAUCGAUUGGUUGGUUUCUGAAGGGAAGGCCAGGAACAGAGCCGAGGGUUUGAUGCUGGCCACUGGACUGCUGACUGAGGGUUUUCUGCAGGCGGCUGGUGACCUCUCCAAAGAUGCAGCUGAAAAAGGAGCAGAUUGUGCUUUUGUGGACCAAACCGAUGCUCUUUAUUAUUUUGCAGAUAGUGGGUUCUUCUGUGAAGGUUACUCGAGCGACGAAGAUGUGAUUAUGAAGGAGGAGUUCAGAGGUGCCAUAGUCAGACAGGGCUGUUUGCUGAAACAGGGCCACCGGCGAAAAAAUUGGAAAGUCAGGAAGUUUAUCCUUAGAGAUGAUCCUGCUUACAUCCACUACUAUGAUCCCACCAAGGGUGAAGAAGAUCCACUAGGGUCCAUUCAUCUGCGCGGGUCAGUCAUUACAGCUGUGGAAUACGUGCCUGAUGCGAAGAGACAUGAGGUUGAUGGGAAUCUCUUUGAAAUCAUCACUUCUGAUGAGAUACACUACUACCUGCAAGCAGCUACAGUGGAGGAGCGCAAGGAUUGGAUCAAAGCUAUCCAAAGUGUUGCAAAGACUGGAAAAUAACUGCAUUAGAUUUAAGCAAUGAUUCACAUGCAGUUUGUGUUAUGAGGAACAAGAACCAAACCAAUUUAUUUGAAUAUUCACGGUAUUUUUAAAAAUGAAAAGGUUAAUGUUUUUAAGUUUGAAACUCACGGAUGUUGUUAUAGCUAUAUUUUAACUGUUUUAUUCCUACCAAAAAUAAAACUAAAUUUGUCUUUCAAGUCUGCACAAAAAAAGAAGGCCUUCUGUCAAUCAUGUGACACAUUCUCUUAGAUUAAAAAAAGAAAAACCGACAACCACACAUAGAGGCAGGAUGUGGGCAGAUGUUUUCUCACAGUUUCCAGAGACUGCUAUUGUAAUGGCAUUGAUCUGACCAUCCAGAACUGUCAACACAGUGGAAAUCUCCAAUGUCCAGCAAUAUCCUGUUUUUAUUUAAAGUAGUUACACUUCCUGUUUUCCCUCUUGGGUUGGUCUUUUUUAGAAAUUUUGCAACAGUCAGUCUGGAUUAAAAUAAACUUUCUGGGGCCCUGAUGCUCACAAAUUACUCAAGCCAAAGAUAAAAUCUUCUGGGUUCAUUUGUGAGUCUCCCACAGUCCGAAUGUAUUGUGAAUUAGGGUCAAUAAAUAACCCUUUGAUGUGUUUUUGCGUUUGUCUGUGAGUUCCCUGCGAUGGACUGGCCAUCUGUCCGGGUCUUUACUGCCUGCGGCCCAAGGUGCUGGGAUAUUCACCAGCCUUGCAGAGUGGACCUUAAAGGAUAGAUGGAAAUCAGAUGUUACCAUAUGAUAACAGCACUAAAGAAUGAUAUGUUGUGUACAGUGUGCUGUCCUAUUAACCUAAUGUAUGUCCUACAUGGAAACUUCUUUGAUGUCAAUAAUUAUUUUUCUUUAUUUCUUGUCGUAUCGUGAAAUAUGUUAUUAAAUGCUCAUGUUCAGACCCACAAAUGCACAAUAGCAUUAAGUGUUUUUUCUAAGAUAUUUUGACAUUGAAACUUGAGAGGUCAUAAGGAACUAAAAAGCACUCAUACAGUGAAUCUGUUUUCUAUAUAUAUAUAUUCUCUUUAACUGUCACACAACAUUUACACCUGCAUUAACACUUUUUUGCAUGAGAAACUGUUGCUAGUGGUCAGGUUUCUUGAGUAACUGAAAGCAUGCAAACUUUUUUUAUCAAACUUUUACAUUUGAACUGCAAUUUCGUUUUUAUUUUACUAAAAUUAAUAAUAGACUGAUCCUCUAAAAACUACAAUUCAUUUUUUUUCUAUACCACAUACCCUACCAAGCAUUGUUAAAACAUCUCUUUUCAAACUUCUCAUUUCAGACAUUCACACCAAUGAAUGCUGCAAGGCCCCACCCACCUGCACCCAAAAAUUGUGCUUUACAACCAUCACAGCAAAUAUGGGUCAGCACAAAAGACGGUGAUACCAACUACUAGAACUUUUUUGCAAUAAACUAUAAAAAAAAUUGUAAUAAACUAUAACAUUUUUUUUAUUUUUACAAAAGUUAAUAUAAUAAUAUAGGGCAAUUCUGUCACCCUAUACCUUAACAAUUAUUUUAUUAUGAAAAGUACAUGUAGUAAAACUGGGGCCAAUGGAGGGCGACAACAGGCUAACAGAGUUGACUAAAUCAUUGCAUUUAUUUGCAGCUCUUCCUGCAAAGUUUAAGCUCUGAUAAAAGUGUGCAGUCUGCAUUUUAAUGAAAAAACAAGUCGCAUUGAAACGCUGCACAAACAUACAGAAUUGUUUUGUCCUUCAUAAAUGUUUUUGACUGUUUUUGUUCUAGUGAAGAAUUAAAGAGUUCAUGCUGAUUACAA